GCUGUGGGAUUUUUCGCUCAUUUCCUCUUCUUCGGCUUGUCGUCGUCUUUUAAAACCAUCUCGGUGAAGUGCAGGGACACUGUACAACACUUUAUCGUCUUUCUUGUCGGGGGAACAACAGAUUUCACCGGCGGAGUUCACCGUUUACUGCGGAGAAGAGGCCCCUUCAGACUGCAGGCGCCAUGAGGUGACGACUGUGACAUCUUGUAUUUUUGCCGACGUGGACUUAUGGCAAGGAUCACUUUGUCCUGCCUGCCGGCCUCUUGGUACUGCAGCGUGUCCAGACAGAGGCUGCUGCUGCUGCUCUCCAUCACCUCCGCUCUCCUCCUCCUGGGGACCUACCAAACGCAGCUAUGGGGCCCCCAGCGACGGCCUGGGGCCAAAGUCAACAAGUACCUCUCCAUCGCAGAGUCUAUGGAGGCCACUGAUGUCCUCAACCCUGCUCUGAACUAUGGCAUCGUGGUGGACUGCGGCAGCAGCGGCUCUCGGGUCUUCGUGUACUACUGGCCCCCCCAUAACGGGAACCCCCACACCCUGCUGGACAUCCGACAGAUGAGGGACCACGACCACAAGCCUGUGGUGAAGAAGAUCAAACCUGGCAUCUCCACUCUGGCGAAGACACCGACGCAGGCCAGUGACUACCUCCAUCCUCUCCUCAGCUUCGCUGCUGCUCACGUCCCGAAGAACAAACACAAGGAGACGCCGCUCUACAUCCUCUGUACCGCUGGCAUGAGGCUGCUGCCUGAGAGCCAACAGGCAGCUAUCCUGGAGGACCUGGUCACUGAUAUUCCCCUGCAGUUUGACUUCCUGUUUUCCAGCUCACAUGCUGAGGUCAUCUCCGGGAAACAGGAAGGAGUGUACGCGUGGAUUGGCAUUAACUUUGUGCUGGGCCGCUUCGAUCACGCUGACGAGGAGGACGCCACAGUCGAGGUGACAACUGGGUCUCAGAACCAGCAGCCAAUCAGCAGGCGGCGCACAGUGGGAAUCAUGGAUAUGGGUGGAGCUUCGCUGCAGAUUGCCUAUGAGGUGCCCAGUGCCAUCACCUUCAACUCACCACAAGAGGAGGAGGCAGGGAAGAGUGUUCUGGCGGAGUUUAAUCUGGGCUGUGAUGUUGAGCACACGCAACACGUGUACCGAGUCUAUGUCACCACGUUCCUCGGCUUCGGAGGGAACAUGGCCAGGCAGCGCUACGAGGACCAGCUGCUCAACAAGACACUCGCCAAGAACAGGUUUCUAACCACACAGACGGGCCUGAGCGAGGACAAGCCGUACCUGGAUCCGUGUCUCCCCGUCGGUCUGUCGGACACGGUUAUCAGGGACAACCGCACCUUGUACCUGCGGGGUCAGGGUGACUGGGCUCGGUGUCAGGAGGCUGUGCAACCCUUCCUGGGCCUCCGCAAUGGCACCAUGUCCCCAGGGGGCGUAUAUCAGGCUCCCAUCAACUUCAGCAACAGCGAGUUCUACGGCUUUUCCGAGUUUUAUUACUGUAUGGAGGAUGUGCUGAGGAUAGGAGGACAGUACAACAGUGAGAAAUAUUCCCGAGCUGCCGCGGACUACUGCUCCACCAAGUGGUCAACACUGAAACAGCGUCUGGACAACCAGCUUUUCGCCCAGCAGGCCGACAUCAACAGACUCAAGUAUCAGUGCUUCAAGUCGGCCUGGAUGUACGAGGUGUUGCACUCUGGUUUCCGUUUCCCCGUUGACUACCGGAGUCUGAAAACAGCCCAGCUGGUUUAUGACAAGGAGGUCCAGUGGACUCUGGGAGCCAUCCUUUUCAAAACCCGCUUCCUGCCCCUCAGGGACCUGCAGCAGGAAACGUUACGGCAGAGCCACCCCAGCUGGCUGCGCUCCUCCUUCGUCUACAACCACCACCUCUUCUCGCUCUGCAUCCUGGUCGUAGUUCUGGCCAUCCUGCUCUACAUCCUUCGCCUGCGGAGGAUCCACCAGCGGGAGCAGCGUCAGGCCGAGGCCCUGAACCUCCUCUGGGCCGAGGAGGGAGAGGCCCUCCUCCCCUGAGAAAGACUUCUACGAUGGGGGGUUCCAGACUGACGACCUGCACGACCUUUUUACCCCAGGACAUGUUUGACUUACUGCACACGAAGAGGCAUGGAAACGCUUCGCAGCCUGGAAUGAGCCUGGAAAUCAAACACUUUUGUAUAUUCUUUUGAUCGUGCAGCUUUAAACAUCUCAGGCCUAGUUCACACAUAGACAGGGGUUUGUUUUUUAAACGCAGACUGUGUUUUAGGUCACUGAAAACUGACCUUAAGAAAAACUCCACCCAGGGUGAAGAUGUUUAGAAACUCAGUUCUAGUGUCGACGUGAGUUUACAUGAGGUUAAUAAAUACCUGUGUACGUGUGGACUAGGCCUCAGAGGGGAAAAAUGUUCUCUCUCUUCACUUCUCUAUAAGACUAUUGGAUGAAAUGACAUUUGGAUGAAAAGAAUCACCUCUGCAACGUUACCCAACAUCUCUCCUGCUGAGCGAGGAGGCCCGGGGCCGCGGCACCUGGCCUCCCUGGCAGAGGAGCUUUAACACGGGGCUUGAUGAGGAUCAUUCAGCAUCCGUUCAGGACAAACGUUACCCGGGUCAGAGAAAGCACAUCGUCCACGUGUGACCCCCGUUAGGAUCCACGACAUGUGGUUUAAAACCAACGUGCUGAGCCUCAGCUGUGCUGCGAGGUCAAGGCUAACACAGCGUCACAGAUCAGACACUGGCACGUGCAGGAACUCCAAUAUCACGUGGACACGGCAUUACAUAACAUUAGCAAAAUAUUAGCAUGCUCGUGUUAGCAUGUUAGCUUGGUGAUGUGAUGUGCACAGCAGUGUGAUGGGACUGUUUGCAUGUAACCAUGCUAACGUUAGCAUUCACGUCAGCCACAUGCGUGUCUUCUUCAUCUGUCCCUGCUUAUUGUUCCAUCCUCUGUGUGUCCAGUAACAAGGAACAAACUUCAGCGUGGUAUUCACACCUGCACACAAAAAAAGCAACGAAGAAGAAGAAGAAGCUGCGAACCGAUUUUUGCGUUUCACCCAAAACCUGAGAGAAACGGCAGCUUCAAAAACCCUGCUGCUGCUGCUGCCGCCGCCAUCCAGCUGCUGAAAGGCUCACACCCCCGGAACUGAUUUAUCACUGUGAGGCCAUAUCACAGCAGGCCGCCGCCGUGAGUGCAGCGGCGCUCCUCUGCCAUCAGAGACGGUGUUUCAUCCACACCUCUGUCCGUCCCGGUGGGACCGUUUCCUCCAUUUCCUCGACAGCGCUCCCGCAGGCCGAUGGUGUCAGCCUCAGAGCUGCGGCUUCAGAUUGCGCUUUGAUACUUGAAUGCCACUGUUGUCCUGCCAAGGCCCCGAUUUUUAUCACAGCAAAGACAGAGAGCCAAGAGGCAUUUUAGCUGUAAUAAGCCGAGAGAUCUGCCCAGUGUUCGGAUGAAGGCGCUGAAAACAGACACAGACCCCGGAGGCCUGAUUUCAGCAAAUGCCGCCUGAGCUCUAAAUGCAAUAACUCCACAAAAGGGAAGAAUCUGGUCUUAUCCCGUGGACCAAGAUGGAUGUUGGGGCAUGGCAGGAAAAAAAAUCUUAAUAUGCGUUGAACAUUUCAAAUGAACAACUUAAAAGCCAUUUCUGAGGAGGAAAGCCUUACCCUGACACAAAAAGGGUCCUGUCUACUGUAUUUCAUAGCUGUACAUGAAGCCACUGUUUGUGUUGUUGUUGUUUUUUUGCUGCGAGUCUUAGCGUCAUGUUAUGUGCUGACAGCUGUGCAACAACUGUGACGAUGCAAAUGUGUGUCUGAGUAGCACCUGCUGAAACUUCCUGAGAAGUUAAACCAUGUUUCGAUCCCACAGUGGGAGAUUUUGGUUUUAUGUCCAGAAAAAAAAAAAAAAAAAAAAAAAGAUUUGUAAUUAAUCUUAUUGAUUUUAGUCUGAGGCGCAGGACAUGAUUCAUCACAUCAUGUGAUGGUGACUCCAUUGUUUUGUAGCCUGUCCUGUUGGUGUGAGUGUUCGGCUGUUAAAGGAGGGGAGGGAGCUGUUCCAAUGGGAUUCCACUUGUUUUCUUUUAUUUUCUAUUCGUCCUGACACUGAUGAGUUCAGACACGACCUUGUCAAACUGCCACUGUGAGUUUGUGACCUUCGUCCUCAUCUGUACUUCAACACUUUUCCACUCGUGACUCCUGAACCAGUGCUCCUGUCACACAGCAGCCGAACAAGUCUGAAACCUGAGCUCUGUCAGAGUCCUCUCUCUCUGUUUUUUUUUUUUAUUAUCUUAUCUCCUCAUUUACCUCACAACUGUCCAAAUGAAUCAAAAGCUUGAGACCUCUUCCUGAUUCAUGCUGAUGUUUUGACUCCUGACAAUGGACCGGUUGCUGAGUGUGUCCUUCCCGAGCUGGGGCAUUGUGCAAUGUUGAGCAGUAAUUCACUGAAGGGAACACUUGACUUUGAUGUUUUUAAUUAAGGUACCUUUAACAUCAAUGUGAAUAGAAACAUUUCCAAUCCAAUAAAGGAUCUUUUUAUAAUA